GAAGACUUCGUCUGGCGUCUGGCGGCAGUUCGGAAUGAGACGCCGUCUCGACAUACAACCGGUAUUUUCGUCUCGAGCUUAUCGAAAUUACUUUGGAAUGUAAUUUAUGUUUUUUGGUAUCGUAUUUCUUAUAUGUUGUUGUUGUUGUUGUUAUAAAGACAAUUGUGCACGGUUAGAGACAGUUUCUUGAGAAAAUUCGUGAUUGCCAUAUCGGACAUUGUGAUUCGGAGGAUAUGCUGUCGAGAAUAUGCCGGCUGCUGAAGUAGAUGUGCGCGUAACAGGUCCUUGCAUAUUCUUUCGAGUGGUGACCGGCGACCGGCGACCGGCGACCGGCAAACGGCGGUUUUUUAAUAUCCAACUUGAUCAGCUGACCGGAACGAACGAAAGCAGGAACAGAUCGAUGAAUCGAUGAAAAAAUUUGUCAUAUCGAAAGUUAUCCAGUGAUCCAUCGUCAUCGUCGUGAUUUUUACAAAGGUAGAAAAAGUACGACGAGUGACGAUCGAGUGCUUGAAAAGCUUUGCACGUGUUGGCCGAUGAUUGUCUUCAACGCUCGUAAAUAAUCGUAAAGAUCGUAAGAUCCAGAUCACAUCGAGCUCUCCUCCAGAGCCCCAACUCCAUUCUUCCAUUCAGGCACGUCGCAUUCAUCCCGCGGUAGCAACAGCAGCAGCCGGUACACACGCAUACCUACAUCUAUACGUAUACCGAUAUAUACAUAUACGCGAAACAAUCGGGAGAAGAAAGCGCGUCCGGUUCGCGUUUCGCGUUUCGCGUUUUGUCCUCUGACGUGUGUUGUUUUCUUCGGGAUAUCCGGUUUCGGAAGAAGAAAAAUUAGUGGUACUCGUAUCGUAGUGCGAUCGUCGAUGCGCUCCUUCUAAUUUCGCAAAGGACCAACCAAAGAUAAGGACGAGAGGAAAUUACGAGGAGAUGACGACGUGAUACGGCAACGGGAGAGGAAUGCCGGCGUGUUGACGCGGAUUCCCUCCUCUUCCCCUGGCGAAGAUGCGACCCGGGCACCGGAACGUCGUUCGGACGAGUUCGAACGGCUGCCGGUCGAUCAGGCUGUUCUGACGAUUAUCGCGAUUAUCGCCGACCCGUCUCUCCGUGUUUCUCCCUGUACUCGGUCCUUGGAACGAGGAAGAGGACUCAACGGCUAAACGGGGCGGAGAUCCAGCGAGUUCGAGUAUCGACCGUGAUCGACACUGAAAGAGGACACUGAGAAAAUCAGCAGAAUGACGACGAUACAAAGUUGCGGCGGCAAUUCAUCAAGAUGUGCCAAACGCGCCUUCGUCUUCGUAUUCGCCUGGGGACUACUGAUGAUCGCGGCAGUGCAGUUUCGUCACUUGGAGAACAGAGCGUUGCAUCAGGUUGGAGGCCCCACAGCAGAGGACGGCAUUGCUAAUUUGGCGGAGGUCGAUGACGUAAGCAACGAUCGAGCUGCGGGUCGGGGCUCGUCAGGGAACUUGGGUUUGUCCCGAUAUCUCUUACAAAGAUCGUCAUUGGGCGACCUCUCCAACUCCGGCGCCCUGCUGACCACCCUGACAACCCUUAAAAAUCGUUUGGAAGCGACGAUAAGUCCACUGGAAUUGGAGCCAUUGUUGGACAAGAGACCGGCCAAGACCGAGCAGCAAUUGAUCGAGGAGAUCGCCGAGAGAAUACCGAGCUUACCGCUGAGCGAUUGGUCCAAAAAUAGCAAGUUAACAAAACGGGGCAACGAGAGUUGCGCAAAGUAUCCGCAGAUCUACGAUCUCGAGUUCAAUAACAUUUACUGGCAAACGCUACGUACCAGCAAUGGUACGUUCCAAUUUUUUGGCGCGUUUUAUGACAAUCGAAAAUUAUCGAGGAUCGGGCCAGCGAUAAGGAUCGUUGGUAUGAUCGAUCGAAUCGAGCCGACCGUGAAGACAUAUUGCCAGGUGUGGUACGAAGGCGAGAACGAGCCCAAGAUCGUCGAGACGCUCGAGUAUAAAUAUAUUUGGUACCCUAAAUGGGGUAAUUAUAAACAGGGCAUCUAUCAGCCAUACGUGAUAGCGUGCAGGUUACCGCCGCAAGCGUACGGCAAACCACCGUCAUCCGUCUCCGUAGUAGAGAAACGUUGCGACACAGCUACCAAUCAUCUUCGAGUGAUUUACAACAAACCUGAACGCAAAAAGGAUUUUGCGGUAUGCGUAAAGGGGCUGGAUUUUCUGCACGAGGAUCUGUCGGUUCGACUGGUCGAAUGGAUCGAGCUGAUCAGCCUGCUGGGCGCCGACAAGAUAUACUUUUAUGAACUGCAGGUGCAUCCGAAUGUGACCAAGGUGCUGCGGCACUAUCAGCAUCUGGGUAUGGUGCACGUGACUCCGUUGACUCUGCCAGGUGGACAGCCGAAUGUGCCAGCUUUCCAGCACAUGUAUCUCACGAAGAAGACCAAUCACAAACGGCAAAACGAACUGAUACCUUACAACGAUUGUUUGUACAAGCACAUGUACGAGUACGAGUACAUCGCGCUACUAGAUGUCGACGAGGUGAUCAUGCCUGUGAAGGACACAACCUGGCAAGAACUGAUGCGCCGGGUGUUGCCCAAGGCCCUGCAAAUACGGAACGAGACCCGUGCUUCGUACAACGUUAGAAAUGUCUACUUCCUCGACGACCUACUACACUCUCACGGUUACUUCAAGGACAUACCCAAGUAUAUGCACAUGCUCCAACACGUAUAUCGCUCGAAGAACUUUACAAAACCGAAUCAAUACAUCAAGUGUUUCCACAAUCCGGAACGAGUGGUCACUCUGCACAAUCACUUUCCGUUGGCGUGCCUGGGUGCCGGAUGCACCAGUUACCCCAUCGAGACCGAGGAUGCGCAGCUGCAACAUUAUCGCGCCGACUGUGUGCGAUCGCUAAAGAAAACCUGCGUGGAGUACCGGGAGAACAGUGUGAUAGAUACGACGAUAUGGCGUUACAGGGAUAAACUGAUCGGAAGGGUCACUGACACUCUCAAGACGCUCGGCUUCUUCGGCCAAAGAUAGCGUCCAAGAUUGAUCUCCCCUUUUUCUCACUAUCGUUUCUCUCUCCCAUGAAGAUUUGAUCGGUCGCCGCGAGAAGGAUGAAAGAAAGGGCUGCGCGCGGGACGAUGAGAUGCGAUGAAUCUAUCAGCGGGAGGUAAUUGCCGGUGGGACUUGAUCAGAGAUUUAAUCGAACAGAGAUCGAAUCGGGAUCGAUGUAACCGGUAAAGUGAAUUUAUUUUUAGUGACAGCGUAACGUCGUAUAUUUCGUCUUGAUAUUUCCAUGUAGUAGAGUUGUAUGCGUGAGAAGGGUGGAUCGAUCUGAUAAUAGUGUUAUAAGUAUAUUAUAAGUAUAUUAUAUGCAUAUCGUGUCUUGAGCGACAAAAUAUUUAAAAUCUUGACGAGAAUCAACAGUCAAGAUUGGAGUAAUGAUCGUGUUUGUGACUUAAUAUAAAACUCAUUAUAUCAAUAAAAUAGAAUGGCGUGUAUAAACAUGGGAUUUGCAUCAAAAUUCAUUUUUUAUUGAAAUACACACACACACACACACACACACAACUCUUGAAAUUGAUCCAAAUCUAUCUCAAAAAAUCAUAAAUGAAUUCAUAUCCUGGCAAAUCUUAGCGGAAUAAAAAUGCAAUUUACACGGAAAAUUAUUACGUUCCAUUUAUGCGAGUUCAAUUAACACGGUCAUUUUCGGGCAUCCGUUAAUCUGUGCAAAACUGCAACGGGAAUUAUCUCUAGACUAAGCGUAAUUGCGGUUCGACUUAUAUCAGAAUUGCAAAUUUCGAAUCGCAAAGACGAGAUCGAUGAGAAAACUACAGUAUUCUAUUUCUUUCUUUUUUGUAAAUAAUUUUCUCGAAUUUCGAUAUAUGCUCAAUAUAGGAGUACCAAGUCUGCGAUCAAUAGCCAUAGUAAACAAUUGUAAUGUAUCGACAAUGUAUUUCGAUUGCAUUUGAUGUUGCAAUUUUAAACUUGAUGAAUUUUUAAAAUUAUGCAGAGAUUAAAAAAAAUUAUAUAAAAUAUAUAAAGUACUAAAAGUAUAAUAUUUAUGUCGCCAUUAUAAAUGGCGUUACGUUGUUGUCGAAAACAUAUUUAGAUGAUAAAAUGUAGGAAAUUCUUUUUUAAUUAAUAUUUGAAAAUGUUUGUUUUGGAAUAGUGCUAAAAAGGGUCAUAGCACCAUUCCAACGACAGAAAUGCUGUGAAGCGUAUAAGCAGUGUUGAAGACUUCUUUUAGAGUCUUCCGUAGUCGUGAAGUGGUUCAUAGAUUUUUGGAACAGAAAUCAAAAACUAUUUCAAUUGUUACUAUAUUCAACAAGCGAGAAAACAUAGAGAAACAAAAGGGUGCAACAAGAUACUAUUAUACAAUUUAUAUAAUAUAGCAAUAUUAAUUUUAAUUUAUAUUGGUAUCAGAGGAAAUUACAACAGGAAUUACAUGAUUAUAUGAUAUUCUAAAUUAUCAUAUAUAGCUUACAUUUGUUAAAGAAAAUAAUGAAUAUAACCAUUACUUAUUUUGCCAAAUUUAUUUACCGCUUCAUGAUUUCGGGAACUGUUUUCUCUUAUGGUGAACCUCGAUCGCUUUCUGCACGAUAAAAAUUGAUAAUUUUUUACGAUUCGAUGUAAACAUCGCUUGUUAAGAUAAGAAGGCGAUUCAUGUUUCACCAUGAGACAUAAGGGGACCAUUGUAGAUAAUAGUCAAUAAGUGUUAGGAAAAGUUGAAAACUCAUGCAAGAUUUCAUUGGCCUAUGCGAAAAUAAAAUAAUAUUCUUUAAAGCA